AUGACAAAAGAUAUUAAGGAAUCUUCUAACUACCUUUCUGCAUCAUUGUUGACAUUACUUGUUGCAUUUGGAGGUUUCAUUUUUGGAUGGGAUACUGGAACUAUCUCUGGUUUUGUCAAUGACCAGGAUUUCAUUCGCCGAUUCGGGAAAAUAAAUUCUUCAACAAACGCCUACGAGUUAAGUGAUCUCAGAACUGGAUUGAUUGUGUCCAUUUUUAACAUUGGUUGUGCUUUUGGUGGUUUGUUCCUAAGUAAAACUGGAGAUUAUUGGGGAAGAAAGAAAGGUUUGUUCAUUACCAUGAUUGUUUAUAUUGUGGGUAUUGUUAUUCAAAUUUUCUCAGCAUGGUCCUGGAUACAAUACUUUGUUGGAAGAAUUGUAGCAGGCCUUGCUGUUGGAUCGAUCUCGGUUCUUUGUCCAAUGUUCAUUUCAGAAACAGCUCCAAAGGCUAUCCGAGGAGCAUUAGUUUCAUCCUACCAAUUAAUGGUCACCGCGGGAAUCUUUAUCGGUUAUUGUGUUGACUAUGGAGUGUAUCAUAACUUUACCGAUUCCAGACAGUGGAGAAUACCUCUUGGAUUGGGUUUCUUGUGGGCUUUGUUGAUGAUUACAGGUAUGGCUUUUAUGCCAGAGUCACCAAGAUAUUUGGUUUCCAUAGGUUAUCCGGAACACGCAAAAGUUUCCAUUUCAAAGAUCAAUGGCACUUCAACUCGUUCCGAUUUCACCAUCAGGGAGUGCAGAGCAAUAGAAAAUUCCGUGCAAAUGGAAAAAGAAAUUGGAUCUGCUUCUUGGAAAGAAAUGAUUACCGGCAAGCCAAAGAUCUUCUACAGGCUUUGGAUUGGCAUAAUUCUACAAUCACUUCAACAAUUGACCGGUUGCAAUUAUUUCUUUUAUUAUGGUACUACAAUUUUCAAGUCUGUUGGUCUUGAUGAUUCUUUCGCCACAUCAAUAAUUCUUGGAGCUAUCAACUUCGCCUCUUCAUUUAUUGCUCUUUAUACAAUAGAUAAGAUGGGGCGGAGAAAAGUUCUCAUUAUCGGUGCUGCUGGAAUGGCUAUCUGUGAAGUUGUCUAUGCUGCUAUAGGAUCACAGUUACUUUAUCCAAAAGAAUUCGGUGUCAAUCCUAAUCAGCAGGUUGGAAAUACGAUGAUAGUCUUUGCGUGCCUUUUCAUUUUCUUUUUUGCUGUUACCUGGGGACCCGGUGUUUUCGUUGUUGUCUCUGAAACAUAUCCACUUCGUAUUAAAUCCAAAGGAAUGGGUUUGGCUCAAUCGGCUAACUGGUUGUGGAAUUUCUUUAUUGCAUUCUUUACACCUAGAAUAACCAACUCUAUUCACUUUUCUUAUGGUUAUGUGUUCUUUGGUUGCAAUGUUUUUGCUCUUUUUUUUGUUCUCUUUUUUGUUCCUGAAACAAAAGAUUUUUCUUUAGAAAUGGUUGAUAGUCUUUAUGAAAGUUAUCAGCCUGGCCCAAUGUAUUUAAAGAAGAAUCGUUUUGCUCGCAAGGAGCUUUUAGAACAUACACCAGAGCCCGAGAUCCUGAAUACUGAUUUUUCCAAAUUGGAUAUUAGUUUAAGUAAUAUUUCUGCUUAA